AUGACCCAGGUUUUUAAAAAGAGAAUGGUCAAUGAAUGCUUCAACAGCAUUUAGAUACACAGUAAACUCACAUUUUUACUAGUUCUGUUUAAAUUAAUGAACUGCCUAAUAUAAAUUGUAUGUUUUCUACUAUGUUUUGUAACAGUUCUAAGAAAGAAACUUUUUUAAGUAUCUUGAUUUUGCUAGGCUAAGGUUGCUCUAUUAUUUUGAGGUUUGGGGUGUUUCUUUUGAGAUAUCCCUACAGUGAGGUUGGAAGUAGAGCAAAAACCAUGAGAGAUGAAAAUCAUGAGAGCUGGAGAUAAAAUUUUUGAAUUUUUGUUUUUAGGAAUUAUCCUUUUAAUUGCAAGUCAUCUGCCCUUUUAUAAUGUGUCAAAAAUGAGCAGGAAGAAUUAAACUGUGAAGUAGGUAGCUAAACCUUCCUACAUGAGACUUGGUGUGAAAUACCUGAUUGUGAAAGAAAGGCAGGAAUUUCUGGUUGUCUGUUUUAGACCCACCAUUACAGAUGAGGUGAAGAGAAUGCAGCAGCAGCAUCUGCUCCCUUCCACCACAUCUUCCCCUGCAGGCUGGGCUCCUCUGCCCACUUAGAGACCCUGACAGUUGUUUCUGGUGUGAAAUACAGAAUAUGUAGAAUUUUCUUCAGGAAGGAUUUGCUUGAUGUUUGAUCUCUGUGUACUGUCAAGCCUCUUCAACAAGAAAGGAGAUUUAAUACAUGACACAGAGAACAGCCGACAAGCUCUAAGUUAUGUACAGGUGUUAGAAAAAUUACUUGUGGGUACAAUUGCCUUCUUAAGCUUAUGAAGACAUACUUCAGUGAUCUCUGACCUACGGACAGGCUAACAAAGCCUGGGAAAAUGGGUGUGCCACUGAUAGUGGACACAGAGAAUCUAGAAUUUAGAGGCCAUAGGGACAUGUAGCAGAAACCCCAAAAUAAGCAAAAAAACUAAUAAAGCAAAUUUUGCAGUUGUAUUGGAAUUGGCUCCAGCUGGGUAACAGGUAAUUCUGGCUGGGGAAGAUUGCAACGACCAGCCCAAGAAACCUGCUCUUCCAAAAGAAGAGAGAGGCUGAGCAUGGGGACUAAUUAGCACUGGAAGCAAGAAAAUCAUUACCCAGUAGAAGAGAGAAUACUAAUUAAUUAGAGAACUAUGUUACCUGUAACUAGUGAACACUAAUCCUUUUGCUCGCUAAAAUGUAUAAUUAGUAAAAAGUUCUUAUAGUUGGGUACUUGAUUUGUGGAGUUCCACCGGGCACCCGGGCUUGCGCAACUCUGAAAUAAAUAAUCGGUGUCACCUCGAGUGUGCAGUUACUGGCUCCUUGCACACUAGGUAACGAAUCCAACUUUUGUGGGCAGCAUUUCUGUGGUUGGCAACGUAGCAGUAGCAGGUAGGGCUGGAUUUCCCUGAGUAGUUGCUUCUGCUCUACUUAUUUCAUUCUCUUGGCAAAACAACUUCUUCAUGAGUGACUUUUUUCUGAGAGACAAGAAGGAAUGUGUUUUGUGGUGUAAACAGGAACUCCAUAAUUCUUUUUUCUGCAGCAUUCUAAGUGUUAGCCACAUUAGUGUGGGAGUUGAAAAUGAGGAUUGCUUCAUGGAUCUGAAGUAAUUUUGCCUGGAGACCAGGCCUUCUGCCAUGGAAGCUGAGGAAACAAUGGAAUGUAUCCAGGAAUUCCCUGAACACUAUAAAGUUAUUUUGGAUAGACUGAAUGAACAACGUGAGCAGGACCAGUUUACAGAUAUCACUCUGAUCGUCGAUGGUCACCAUUUUAAAGCCCAUAAGGCAGUUCUUGCUGCUUGUAGCCAGUUCUUCCACAAAUUCUUUCAAGAUUUCACUCAGGAGCCUUUGGUGGAGAUUGAAGGUGUAAGUAACAUGGCAUUUCGUCACCUAAUUGAGUUCACCUAUACAGCAAAGCUAAUGGUACAAGGUGAGGAAGAAGCAAAUGAUGUUUGGAAAGCUGCAGAGUAUCUACAGAUGCUAGAAGCAAUCAAAGCACUUGAAAUCAGGAACAAAGAAAAUUCAUCGCCCUUAGAAUCAAAUGAAGCACAAGGUAAAAAUAAACCAAAAAAGAGGAAGAUUGCUGAAACCUCUAAUGUUAUCACAGAAACAUUGCCAUCUGCAGAAUCAGAGCCUGUCGAAAUUGAGGUUGAGAUUGCUGAAGGGACGAUGAAAGUGGAGGAUGACAGCAUUGAAACCCUUGAAGAAGUAGCUUCUGCAGAGCAAUCCAUAAAGUACAUACAGACAACAGGUACAUCAGAUGAAUCUGCUUUGGCUCUUUUGGCAGAUAUCACCAGCAAGUAUCGUCAGGGAGAGAGAAAAUGCCAGAUGCAAGAAGAAGGUGAUAGUACAACUGACCCCUCGUGCAAACAGGUAGAAGGUAUUGAAAUUGUGGAACUUCAGCUGUCACACAUGAACAAUUUAUUCCACUGUGAGAAAUGUAACCGUUCAUUUAAAUUGUUUUACCAUUUUAAGGAACACAUGAAAACACAUUCUACUGAGAAUUACAAAUGUGACAUAUGCAAUAAAAGAUACCUACGAGAGAGUGCUUUGAAACAGCACCUCACCUGUUACCACCUUGAUGAAGGUGGUGCCAGCAAGAAGCAAAGACCUGGCAAGAAAAUACAUGUAUGCCAGUACUGUGACAAGCAGUUUGACCAUUUUGGGCAUUUUAAAGAGCACCUUCGUAAGCACACAGGUGAAAAACCCUUUGAAUGUCCAAACUGCCAUGAACGUUUUGCUCGGAAUAGCACACUGAAAUGUCACCUGACAGCCUGUCAGUCUGGAGCUGGCGCUAAAAAGGGAAGAAAGAAGCUGUACGAAUGUCAGGUUUGUAACAGCGUAUUUAACAGCUGGGAUCAGUUCAAAGACCACUUGGUAAUACACACUGGUGACAAACCCAACCACUGUACCUUAUGUGAUCUGUGGUUUAUGCAAGGCAGUGAGCUGAGAAGGCAUCUCAAAGAAAUGCACAAUAUUUCAGAACUAUUAGUGACAGAAGAGGUUCUUCCAGUGGAAGCUAUGGAAGCUGAACCAGUAACAUCAAUGACAAUAAUAGAACAAGUUGAGCAAGUGCAUGUCCUACCAGUCAUUCAGGUACAAGUGGAUCCUGCACAGGUAACUGUGGAACAGAUGCACCAGGAUCUCAUCCAGGACAAUCAAGUGAAAGGCACACAGAUGGAGGAACUACAGGAACAAGUGCAGAUUAGUUACUUGGAAGUUGAACACAUUCAGACUGAACAAGGUGCUGAAGUUCAUGUGGAGCAGUUACAUGUUGAGCAUGUAAAUCAAAUACAGAUGGAAGAAGUACAGGCAGAACUUAUAGACGGAACAGACCUUGAACAAGUAGAAUAUCAAAGUGUUGAUCAAGGAGAAGCAGAAGAAAAGGAUCAUAAUCAAGAAGAUGAUGCAGAUAAGGAACAUCAUGAGUCAGCUGAAGACUUAAAAACACAACAGUUAGUGGAUACACAAAAUGCAGAAGUGGAUGAGUAGGACAUAAUGACACUGCAGUUUUAACAAUGAAAUACCAAAUUAUUUUUGUUAACUUUUACAUUGGUUUUUGAACCAUCACUGGUCACCUUUCCAAUAUGCUGUCCAUAGGGAGCUGGACAAGUGGACCAAAAUUAGCUUUCUCCAUGUACAAUUAAACUUCUCUCAUAUGUGAAAAAUACUUCCCCAUUCAUGUAGUGCCAUGAAACAGAAACUACCACAGACACAGACAAUUUUGUGAGAUUUUUAGCAAUGAGUAGCUUGUAUCAUUACCCCAUUGCUGGGCAUAUGUAAAAGUAAUUUCACCUCUUUUCCUCUUGCAGUAGAAGCAAAGUCUUGUACAAAUUUGCAGGAUGUCUGUGGCAGGAGAGUCAGUAAAAUCUGAGGGGUUCUGCUGUAAGUGGCAGUUACGUACCUGUGAAUUUUUGGAUCUUAACUUUCAGGCUGGGCUAAAAGCACUGUUGCUGGAGGUCUCUGAGCACAAAAGUCCUGUGCCUUUUCAACACUGAGUGGUUAAAUUUCCACAAAGUUUCUAGAGUUUUUGAGAACUUAGUUCUGUGAAAGGCAGUGUAGGUAAUGUUAUAGUGCUUUAUAUUUUUGCUUGAAAUUGCCGGUUACUGAUUUUCUUUUUGCAUUAAAUUUAAAGGCGGGGGGGGCUGAGGGAGGGAACAGACUUCACUUGGAGGCAGCAGGACAUGCUAAAUGGCACACUUAAAAAUAGGAAGAGCUUGGUAAAGUCUGUGAUAAACAUGAUUUGGAAGAAAGCUAUGAGCAGGCUCUUCUUUUAUAAAUAAUCAUUUUUGAAAAUGAAUUUGUUUAAACAUAAACAUAGAGACUUGUCUAUAUGGUAUCAGGUUCUUGGGGUUUUUUUUAAUUAAAUUCUGACACUUGACAAAAAGAUAUGCUAAACAUAAAAGUAAAAGCCAUAGGUAUGAGUGCUAAACUGUGGAUUGAAACAUAGAAGUGUAAAAGUGUAAAUAGUUUAAUCAAUAUUAGAAAAUAAAACAAUACCAACCGUCAAAUGUUGCAUUAUUUGUUUCAUCAAUAUAUGAGGAACAACUGAAUGACUGGCAAUUAAGUGCCAAGUUACAGUGUUAAGGAUCAAUCUCAUUUUUAAUAUGAUUAAUGGCUUUUUUACUGUAAAGUUAGAUUCAUUUAGAAAAUGCUUGUCUGUCUGUGGUCAAGGAUGUUAAGAAUGUCUUAAUUACUGCUGGAGGUUAGAGGUGCUCCAAACUCCUGAAGAAACUAUUUCCAAAGCCUUAAAUGAAGGGAAGAAUUUUUGCAAGGACAGUCCCUACUGCUCUUGGUAAUACUAUAGAUCUUAAAAUCAGGCUUUUCUAUUCCAUCUUCAAAUGCCAAACUGUUUCCUGGGAUUUGUGCUUUUAUUUAGUUUAAUUAUUGUGUUUCAUCAUAGCCUUUGAGAAACUGUUGCAAAAGAAACAUGGAUUGCGAUUAAAAUUUCAAACAAUUUGA